AUGCCAUAUCCGCGGCCUGUCUCGCCAUGCAGCCUCGAGACGUGCGAACCCUCCGCGGACGAUGUGAUCGGCGGAGAUUUGCCGGCGUCGGACGACGAGCUGAACCAUUCUGAACGUGCUGCCAAAUACCAACGAAUUGAAAAGCUGGCAGAGUCAUAUCUCCAUGGCCGGCCACUGUUUAUAUUAUCCGCGUCCUUGAAAGGUCCCUUCGAUCGAAGCUGGACGAAUCCAUGGAAAAAGGACAGACGCUCCAUCGGUAAUCGAAAGGCCGACAAGGGGGGGACCAGCUCCCGAGCAACGGCCGGCCCCGUGGUGCAAGAAACUGUUUCGCGCCAGGAAAAGCGCCGCGAAGAAACCGCAACAGCAGAGCCGAUCACGAGUCCCCCAGCCAGUUCGCAUACUGCGGUCCCUAUACCUCUUCCAAGUACGUCAGAUCACAAACACAAGCUCUCGGCCCGCAAACGAUCCCGGCAAGUGCCCGCAGACGAUGAAGCACCGCGAACCACGCUUCGUGCUAGCAAGAGACAGAAAGAGACGACCAUGUCGCAAACGGCUGGACCGUCAUCCAGUCUUGGUGACAGUAAGGACUGGCUGAAGAAAGAUCGCAGGCGCAUUAAUUUUACACAGUUUGAGCCUCCCAGUUCCCCGACAUCAAAAGUUGCAUCUCGGCAGACAGAGGUUAAGGCUAGAGCGAACGUGUCGCGGACCAUGAAUGUGCGAGGCUCUGCGACCCCUUUGCGGAGUAGAGGAACAAGUAUGCAACCAGCGAGUGAUGCAACCGAUCGAGAGGGAUUGGUGAUAAGUUCUGUCAAUGUCCCCGACCCCACGGGCCUACAACAGGCCUCGGCCAGGCAGAGCCCGGCUCUGUUGACUACCGAAAGGGGAUCACUCACAGAGCCCAGUUUAAGCAGCAAUGCAUUCUCCCCCGCCGACAUGGCAGCAUCGUUUCGCGUUGUUUCAUCGACCUCUCAAUUACCGCGCUUUGAGUAUCGAAGAUGGCCUCAAGAGGUCACGGAUGCGAAGAUGAAGAAAGACGAUGCUGCUCAUCACUCCUCUCAAGCUCCUCCGAACCCUGCUAGUAAGCAGCAGACAAUCGCGGUCUCUACACUAGAAGAUGAUAGUAGAAGAAGAAGAAGGAGAAGCCUUCCUGUCGAGGAUCCUGCCAUGAGACCAAGCACAAAUAUGAUGGGCACCUCGGACCGCGUUAGAUCGCCCCAGAGAAUCACCGACGAACCCGCCCAAAUCCCCGAGGAAUCCCCUGCUGCUGAGAGUCACGAAGGACACUCUGUUGGUCUAGGCACCGAAGCCAACGAGAAACCUGCCAUUCGGCCGAUCAUUGUGGACCACCACGCACAUCCUAAGCUGGCCGAGGACGCAGGCAGGACUUCCCGGACUGUCAAUGAGCCGGAAACUUCGAUGGCUCAGACGGAGCACAAUACGCUUGACAACCUGCCUUUUGCUCAACAUAUACCGACUCACCCCGGAAUAUCCUACCGUAUACCAUCCUUGUGUUCUACAGCUUUGCCCAAACUUGAUACGGCGGAAGCUCCACCAGAAAAUACGGACACGCAGCUAUCGACCCAGGCAGCGCUUCUGCAAGCCCAACGAUCUUUUCAGGAAGACCUGGAUAGCCCUGAGCCGGAUUUCCCACCGCUAGCGGAACCAGAAGACACCAUAUUAGAGCCACACGAAGAGUCUCUUCUUGCGCGUGAGACUCCAUACAACAACUCAGCCAGAUUUGAUCAAGCUCCUCAACGAAGUUCCGGGGUCCCUCUCAAAGAGAGGAUGCAGGCCAUGAGUACGCAGUAUAUCAUAGAUUCUGUGACUCCUUACACUUUCAGCACGGAGAAAAAGACAAGGCCUGCAUCUGAGAUCUGGUCAGGUCAACCAAAGCAACCGCCAGAGACCGAAGAGCCCCAAGGCAUGCACCCUGUCCAUCUUCCCCCUCAUAUAAACUCUUCACCUUUGAGAGACCGCAGUAACGUGGCUCCUGUCUCAUCUUAUACAUCGGAUCCUCAGGUACAUCCUGUUCUCACUCACCGUUCGACCUCACAAGGAACGUUACUCCCUUUCGCUCUUAGUGGCUCGACACCAGCAACAGCUCAAGAUGCGCAAGUUGCCUCGCAAGGGCCGGACAGCUUCGAUCUAAGUCAGGCGAUUGCCGACGCUGGUAGUUGGCUACAGCAAAGCUUCGAUUUCAUGAAGGAAAUUGGACGUCCAAGUCAGCCUGCGAAACCAUCAUGA